AUGCAGAUGAACAGGACGUCGGCCCAGUGCCGCACUUUCCGGGGGCCAGGGCGCGCCUCACGGAGGAGUGCAGUGGUCUUUAGCGCGGCGUCGGAGCAACCCACGCUCUGGACGCCGCCGGCCGCCGGCGUCGCCCAGCCGGGGCCCAUCCAGCUGGGCCGGCCCGGCGAGCCUGGCGGGCCGACCCGCCGCGGCUUGAUGCAGAGCCUGCUGUUGGGCGGCGCCAUCGCUGCUUGCCCCUGCUGCGUCGGCGAUGCACAGGCGUCCGGCAACGCCAAGUUUGACUACGGCACUCUGUCCGGCCCCAUCAGCUGGGGCGGCACCUGCAGCAGCGGCCUGCGCCAGUCGCCCAUCAACAUCCCGGCCAAGGCGAUCAGGACCUCCACCACGACGCGCGCGGCUGCGGCCUGCAGGCCCGCGCAGGUAGACGUGCGCGGCUACAAGCCCGUCAAGCCCAUGAUCCUCAACACAGGCGUCGGCACCAUGCAGGUCAACUUCGCAAAGGGCACGCAGACCCUGGUCUGCGGCGGCGCUGACCUGGAGCUGCUGCAGUUCCACUUCCACACGCCUUCUGAGCACGCAUUUGAUGGGGAGCGCACGGCCAUGGAGGUCCACCUGGUGCACCGCAACAUGGCAACGGGCCAGCUGUCCGUCCUGGGCGUUAUGCUCGAGGUCGGCAACACCCCAAACCCGGCGCUGUUUACUGCGCUGAAGUACGCCCCCGCGGAGGCGCGUAAGGAGGCGCAGUGCCCGAUCACUAUCGACCCGAAGCAGCUGCUGCCGCGGGGGCAGAACAACUGGCAGUACGUGCGGUACACCGGGUCGCUGACCACCCCGGGGUGCUCGGAGGGCGUGGAGUGGUACGUGAUGCUGCAGCCCACCACAGUGACGCCCGAGCAGGUCCUGGGUUUCGCGACAUACGCCAGCGGCGGCAAGUCCCUCGCGCAGAACUCGCGGCCGCUGCAGCCCCUGAACGGCCGCGCCUUCGACCUGCAGUACGACUGCAGCUUCGGGGCGUGA